UACUCAGCCAAUUGGCAGGGCCGUCGGCACCUCGGCCGGCGUCAAUCCCCUCGACGCUCAACGUUCAACUAUCCAUGGCUCCCGUCUCGCCUUGACCUCGGCCGCCAUGAGCUCGUCGCAGCUAAAGGACGUCAAGGACGAUAUCGACGUCCGCGAGGAUCUGGUGCUCGCCCUCCCCGAGGCAGCUCAUGGCGCAAGCGGCUCCGAUGUACCUGCACCCACUUCUUCGGACGAGCAGCGGGCGGAUGCAUCCAACAACAAUGGCGACUCGGUGGAGCUCACCGACCAGACCAACUUCUUGCCCACAAGACAGGUCAUUAUGGUGUUCCUCGGGCUGUCCAUCGCUCUCAUGUGUUCGUUCUUGGACCAAACAAUCGUCGCCACGGCUCUAGCAAGCAUAGAGGAAGAUCUGAAUGGCGGGACUAUCGGCGCAUGGGUAGCAACAUCUUAUUUGCUCACAAGGCUUUGUAGUUUGGCUUCGACACCACUCUAUGGCCGGUGGUCAGACGUCUUCGGUAGGAAGGUAGUGAUGCUUUUUGCGCUCGCUGUCUUUCUAGUGUUCUCGCUGGCAUGCGCUCUCGCACGAACGAUGCUCCAGUUGAUCGUGUUCAGAGCGUUCCAGGGAAUUGGUGGUGGAGCCAUUAUCACUAUGACAUUGAUCAUUGUGUCAGACAUUGUGUCACUAAAGGAGCGAGGGAAAUUUAUGGGCAUCAAUGAGGCCAUCAUCGCACUCUCCAACGGAGUCGGGCCCAUUCUCGGCGGUGUCAUUUCUGAGUGUACGCGCUGGGUUUUCUACCUGAACUUGCCGCUCGCAUCCCUCGCGAUCGUCACCUGUGUCUGGCUACUGCCCCAGAAGAAGGUCCAUGGCGAUAUGCGCAAGAAAUUGCUACAGAUUGACUACGUCGGCUCUUUGUUGACCGUAGUCUCGUCCAUUCUCUUGCUUCAUGUUCACGCGUCCGUGAUCAGGGGAGGUGUCUCAUACGGCUGGGUUUCGGCUCCCGUUCUCGUACCACUCAUACUCGGAGUGGUCGUCUACGCCCUCUUCGUGUUCUGGGAGGCAAAGAUGGCCAAGUUCCCAAUUGUACCAGUUUUCAUCUUCCGAUACAAGACAGUUGUCGGGGUGUUCAUCGUCACGCUGAUGAAGUACCUCCUCUACUAUGUCCCGCAGUACCUGCAACUUGUCCGAGGCAUGUCGCCGACCAAAUCGAGUCUCCUCUUGCUCCCAUUUCUCGCCCCAAUCGCGUUCUGUGUCUUUACAUGCGGACAAAUCACAGCUCGCACGGGGCACUAUCGGUAUCUCGUCAUUGCUGGGUAUAGUCUUUGGACUGUUGCGCAGGGCCUGCAGUGUACCAUCCGUCAGAACUCGUCCGAAGGCAAGAUCAUCGGAUCGUUGCUCAUGGCCGGUAUCGCUGCAGGCAUGACUUUCCAGACAACUCUCCUCGCUGCCCAGGCUGCCGUCAGUCGUCAGCAAAUGGCCGUUGUCACAGCCGUGCGGAACUACCUCCGAUUGUUCGGCUCGUGUAUCGCGCUCGGAGUGUGCUCGUCGCUGAUCAACAACUCCCUCCGAGAAGCGGCACAGAGCGUCGGCUUGUCAUCUCAGCAGAUCGCCAUACUCCUGAAUGACCCGACAAGCGUCAAGAACGAUAACGCUGGCAUAAGCGAUGCGGCGCUGAAGGUAAUCAUUAAGGGCUAUUCAGACGGCUUCCGAGGGGUGUUCUACUUGACGGUGGCCGCGACGGGUGUCGGUUGGCUAGCGUCAGUGUUCUUAAUUCAACAACACGAGCUCUCGCGAGCGGACGACAAGGAGUUGAAAGAGGCUGCCAAAGAAGCACAACGGAUAAAAAAGUUGGAGAAGGGCCAAUAUUUGCAAACGGAAUGGAUUCUCAUGCAGUGUAGUGCUGGCACACUCGGAUCAUGGUCGCGUCUACGUGUCCGUGAAAUCCAGAAAGUCCGAUCCACGGGGAGAGCCGUUGCGUGCAACGCGUUGCGCGCAACGCGCAACGUCACGCAAGUCACGGUGUGGCUUGCCUCGUCGGGCGGGACAAGGGGUUACGGGACAGUUGGUGUAUACAUAUUGGCAAAAAUAACACCAGACCACUUCGCACUUCGCUCCAGCUAG